CGCAGUGCGCAGUCGCGGCGGCCCCGUCUCACCAGUGGCAGGGAAGGCGUUGGGAAGUUCAAAAUGGCGGCUGCGGUGGAGGCCGAGCUGCGGGCGCCCGAGACAACUCCUGCAACUGUUCUGAUUCCUUCUAUCUCAUUAUGGGACCAAGAGUCCACUGCUCUGAGGGUACAACCUGCCCAACUUUCUACUGAUCAAAGAAUUGAAGAUGCUGAUACUUCUGAAAGAAGUGCAAAUGAAGAAAAUGGGGAAAUAUCAGAGGGAGAGCAGCCUCAAAACAAGCACAGCCGGCACAAAAAAAAGAAACACAAACACCGAAGCAAGCACAAGAAACACAAACAUUCUUCAGAAGAAGACAAGGACAAAAAACAUAAACACAGGCACAAGCAUAAGAAACAUAAACGGAAAGAGGUUGUUGAUGCCUCUGAUAAAGAAGAUGGACCAGCAAAAAGAACUAAAAUUGAUUUUUUAGCUCCACUAGAAGAUUUGGAGAAACAAAGAGCAUUAUUAAAAGCUGAACUUGAGAAUGAAUUAAUGGAAGGAAAAGUCCAAUCUGGGAUGGGGUUAAUAUUACAAGGUUAUGAGUCAGGUUCUGAAGAAGAGGGUGAAAUUAAUGAGAAAGUACGAAAUGGGAAUAGAUCUACAACUAAAUCAUCAAACACAAAGGGGAAAUUAGAGCUUGUGGACAAUAAAACUAGUUCAAAGAAAGGAAGUAAGAAUACUGAAACAAAAGAGCGGACUAGGCACCGAUCUGAAAAAAAGAAAAGCAAAGUAGGAGUUGAUGGAGUCAAAGAGAAAACAACUAGAAGCAAGUCAAAAGAGAGGAGAAAAUCAAAAAGUCCCCAUAAAAGAAGUAAGUCCCAAGAUCAAACAAGGAAAUCAAAGUCUCCAACGCUUAGAAGGCGGUCUCAAGAGAAAAAUAGAAAGUCUAAAUCUCCCCCAGAGGAUAGGAAUAAAGCGGAUGAAAAAAAUAAAUCUAGAGAUCGCAGAAAGUCUCCAGUGGUAAAUGAAAGCAAAAAUAGAGAUCGUGGCAAAAAAUCUAAAUCCCCAACAGAACUAAGAGACAAAUCCAAAGACAGAAGAUCGCGGUCCAAAGAUAGGAAAUUAAGGAGGUCAGAGGCUGAGAAAGAAAAGAAGCCUAUUAAAUCUCCUUCUAAAGAUGCUUCUUCCGGAAAAGAAAACAGGUCUCCUAGAAGACCUGGUCGUAGCCCUAAAGGAAGAAGCCUAUCUCCAAAACGUGAAAAAUCAAGAAGAAGUAGAUCUCCUCUCCUUAAUGAUCGUAGAUCUAAGCAGAGUAAGUCUCCCUCUCGGACUCAAUCUCCAGGUAGAAGAGCAAAGAGCAGAUCAGCAGAAAGAAAGCGACGAGAAUCAGAGAGGAGGCGUCUUUCUUCUCCCAGGACACGACCUAGAGAUGAUAUCCUGUCUAGACGCGAGAGAUCAAAAGAAACCAGUCUUCCCCGAUGGUCCCCAUCUAGAAGAAGGUCUAGAUCUCCCAUCCGAAGGCGAUCUCGCUCACCACUGCGACGUAGCCGAUCUCCAAGAAGGAGGAGUAGGUCUCCUCGGAGGAGGGACAGAGGUCGAAGAAGUCGGUCUCGUCUGAGAAGGAGGUCCAGGUCACGGGGUGGUCGUAGACGUAGGAGUAGAAGCAAAGUUAAAGAAGAUAAAUUUAAAGGGAGUCUUUCUGAAGGCAUGAAAGCUGAGCAGGAAUCCUCAUCAGAUGAGAACCUUGAAGAUUUUGAUGUAGAAGAAGAAGAUGAAGAAGCACUGAUUGAACAGAGAAGAUUACAGAGGCAAGCAAUUGUUCAGAAAUAUAAGUACUUGACUGAAGACAGUAACAUGUCUGUGCCAUCUGAACCAAGCAGCCCUCAAAGCAGCACGCGUAGUCGCUCAAAUUCACCAGAUGACAUCUUAGAACGAGUGGCUGCUGAUGUUAAGGAGUAUGAACGGGAAAAUGUUGAUACAUUUGAGGCCUCUGUAAAAGCGAAACACAACCUCAUGACAGUUGAACAGAAUAAUGGUUCAGCUCAGAAGAAACUGUUAGCUCCUGAUAUGUUCACAGAAUCAGAUGAUAUGUUUGCUGCAUACUUUGAUAGUGCCCGUCUUAGAGCUGCUGGCUUUGGAAAAGACUUUAAAGAAAACCCCAACCUCAGGGAUAACUGGACUGAUGCAGAAGGCUAUUAUCGUGUUAACAUAGGUGAAGUUCUAGAUAAACGUUACAAUGUCUAUGGUUAUACUGGCCAGGGAGUCUUCAGUAAUGUCGUGCGAGCCAGAGAUAUGGCAAGAGCAAAUCAAGAAGUGGCAGUUAAAAUCAUCAGGAACAAUGAACUUAUGCAAAAAACUGGUCUAAAAGAACUGGAAUUUUUGAAGAAGCUCAAUGAUGCAGAUCCUGAUGACAAGUUUCAUUGUCUGCGACUGUUCAGGCAUUUCUAUCACAAACAGCACCUCUGUCUGGUAUUUGAACCACUCAGUAUGAAUUUACGAGAGGUACUGAAAAAGUAUGGGAAGGAUGUCGGUCUCCACAUUAAAGCUGUACGCUCCUACAGCCAACAGUUGUUCCUGGCAUUAAAACUGCUUAAAAGAUGUAAUAUCCUACAUGCUGAUAUUAAGCCAGACAAUAUUUUGGUAAAUGAGUCUAAAACCAUAUUAAAGCUAUGUGAUUUUGGAUCAGCUUCACAUGUUGCAGAUAAUGACAUCACGCCAUAUCUUGUCAGUAGAUUUUAUCGAGCUCCUGAAAUCAUUAUAGGUAAAAUCUAUGAUUAUGGAAUAGAUAUGUGGUCUGUAGGCUGUACACUGUAUGAACUUUAUACAGGAAAAAUUCUAUUUCCUGGCAAAACCAAUAACCAUAUGUUAAAACUUGCCAUGGACCUCAAAGGAAAGAUGCCAAACAAGAUGAUUCGAAAAGGUGUGUUCAAAGAUCAGCACUUUGAUCAAAAUCUCAACUUCAUGUAUAUAGAAGUAGAUAAAGUAACAGAAAGGGAGAAGGUUACAGUCAUGAGCACCAUUAAUCCAACCAAGGACCUCUUAGCAGAUUUGAUUGGGUGCCAACGACUCCCGGAAGACCAGCGUAAAAAAGUACACCAGCUAAAGGACUUAUUGGACCAGAUUCUAAUGUUAGACCCAGCUAAACGGAUUAGCAUCAACCAGGCUCUGCAGCACGCCUUCAUCCAGGAAAAAAUUUAAACCAGAUGAAGAAGUUCAAAGGGUUUGAGUAAUUAAGAUACAAAGACUGAAGAAAUUUCCCAGCAGUUUAUUAAUGUAUAUAAACAUAAAUAUUUCCCCUGCAAAGUUGAGGAAGAAUGAUACAUUUGAAUUAACACCAAGGCUGAUAUUUCUUUUAGAAAUGUUAGAGUAAUUCUGUUUGUGUCUUAUGUGAAAAUUUUCACUGUAGAAUUGUUUUAAUUGCCAAGACUGCACAAAAGUACAAUGCUAAUGUAUAUGGUUGCAGUUCAUAUAUUAUAAAAAGAAAAAAAGCCUCUGUUAUAAAAGAACAGUAAUACUGGGUGGUUGAUUUGUUUUUUAGCAGACUUGGCUUCAUUUUUGUCUUUAAAAAAUGGCCAGCAUAAAUGCUGUUUAUAUUCACAUUUUCCUAGGUGUGUGUGUGCAGGCCACAGCAGCAUGCCCUUGGUGUAGUCAGUGCCGAAGGGGGUCUGUUCCUUCUUGAGCCUGCCUGCAGGGAUGGUCUCCUCUUUUAAAGCAGGUUGUGUACAACUUUCAGUACACUGAAGGUAAGCUAAACCAUCAACAUCAUCAGUGUUUAAAAUGUUAUUUUACUGGAACGACUGACAAAUGAGGGACGAUAGCUUUGUGGCAGAAUUCCCUGCAUGUUUGAUAAAUGAAUUUGUUUUAUUUUCUGGCAUUGCAACUGUGGCAUAGUUACAACUUUGUUCUGUUCAUCACAUAUUUAAAACUUUUAAGAGUGCGCACUUGAUGGAUAGAGCGCCUUCAGUGUACUGUUUCUUAUUACUUUAAUUUUUUUAAUCAACUUGCUAGAGACUUUGUAUACAUUUUGUUAAAUACAGUUCGCUAUGACAUAGAACCAAUACUUACUGAAGAGUUUUCAUUUACUAAUUACAUAUGUUGGGAUCUGAUUCUGAAAGACCUUAUAUCUAAAGCAUAGUUAGACAACAUAAUGAAAUUUUUUAACUAUUUGUAUGUCAUUUUGAAAGUGUACUGCUUUAUGCUAAAAGUGUUUCAUUUGUUCAUUGUUUUCAUUAUUUGUGAUCAUGUUGUCUUUCAAUACAGGCAUAAACCUUCCACUCUUGAACAAAGCAGCUGCUUUUUAAAAGCGGUAAUUGCUUCUUUACCUUUUAUUUCUUUUGUAAAUGAAGCUUUUCUUUAAGAAAUGUGACUUUAAAGUGUUGUCUCUUGCAUAAAACAGUUGACACUUACUUAUUGUAAAGUGAAGAUUGUUCUCCUGCAUGUAAAGUGGACCAUGCAGAUUUCUGUAUGUUUUCAGUAUGCAUCAUUAGAUAAUAAAGUCUUUUGUGAACAAGGCAUUUGUAGCCAUUUUUAAAAGAUUUUUUUCUUCAGUGCUGGUAAAUCAGGUAAUCUGUAAGAAAUCCUUCAUAUUUCCAUUAAUCCUUUAAUUGAAGGGAUUAUUAAAAGUUAUGAACUUUGAAAGAGAUAUUUAACUACAUUAAUUAGAUCUAUGAUUAUCUACAUUAAAAAAACCUACAGAUACUGUCUAUCUGCUUUCAUUGUUAUGAAAUUAUUCCUGUAGGAUGUGGGAUUGAUUCAGGCUUUAACUAAUGUUUGUGCUGUUUCUCUCACUUUUCCUUUUGAUGGUGCUGAAAGAGAAAAAGGGAAGCGAGGCACAGGCCACUCAACGCCUACUCCAUGAGUCUGGUUUGCUGAGACACCAACUUCACCUUCCUAACAAGGUUAUUUCUGACAGCAUGUGUAGAUAAACAUUUAGCAACAAAAGUUAAAAUAGUUUGAAACAUUUGAGUUAGUUAUGCAACAUGAGAGAAACAGGAUCAAGCUUUUCCAAUCCAUACUUCUGCUUUAAUAAAACAAAUGAGAAUGUUAACAAUUCAUUUUUUUUAUUUCUGUUUAUCAAAAUAUACCUAAAGUGUGAAAAAACACUGGGUUCAGUUAUUUUGUAACACCGUCCUAAAAUUGUAAAUAGAAUCUUUUAUCCAUAUAGGCAUAUAAUUGCAGCAAACAUGCAUGCUUAGUGCAAUCAAGGAUGGAAAAGGAAACGAAGCAGUCAUUCUGCUGGUGGGGUGUUCCCCACCAAGGAGUUUAAUAAACUACAAAAGCAGGUGAUGGUUGGUUGUUUUUGUUUGUUUUUUUUACAUGCCUAUUUUGAACCUUCCAAUUUUUUAUUUCCAUUUUUCAUAAAGUAAAUCUAUUCCUGUUUCAACAUACUAAGUUUCUUGAUCAUGCAGGAGAGAGUAUGCAACCUUCUCCUUUACUGAAAUGAACGGAGAGAUACUUUAUAGUUAAAUCCACACAAAGUAAUUUGCAUUGCUUUGGUGACAACUUUGGCAAAUACAGCACUUCUGGUGGCAAUUUUACAUAGAUGAAGUAAAACCCAAUAUGUUUUUUAAAAAGAAUCCCUAUUUAAGAAUAAUGGAAUAAGUUGGUGUUGUCAAAUCCAAUAGAAACAAUACAUCUUAUGCCUACAGAAUUGUUUUAAAUUAUUCUGAAGAAGCAUAAAGUUGCUCGUUUACUUGUUCUUUGUGUUGUAGGUGCAGUUCAAAAGAAGAUGAUGACUGCCAGAAGACAUGAACAAAGGUUUCUGACCUAUAAAAGAUAUAAAAAAAAAAGAUAUUCUUUAUGUAGUUUUCUGUCUAAUCUUUCUGUUUGCAGCAUCCGAGUCAAGGUUUCAUUACCACUAUUGCAGUGUUGGUAAUUCUUAGAAUAGUCCUAUUGUGCUCAUGUUUAUAUGUAAGGUAAUGUUUUUUGUUUCAUUUUUGGUUGAUGUGAUUUUUGUUGUGAUGAAAUGUAGGAGGAUAUGCAGGUUAAGUUUAAUUUCUUUCUUUUAAAAAGAAAAUGUCUACUACCAAAUUUGGUUAAAAUAAUUUUUUAGGAUUCUUAAUACACAUAAAAAGCCAGAAGCAUAUAAAGUGAGACUGCUUAUCCCUGUUUAUUUCAGCACAUACAUUAUUUAUGCUACUGCUGUUAACUUUAUCAUUGCUAGAGUGGCUGUGAGAGGUUGUUUAAAGACAAAGGAAUCCCAGUUCUUGACCCUAUUGCAACUUUAUGUUGCUGUACCUCUGCUGUGAACAGCCAGCUGAUGGUUGUUCUAGCAUGCAAAACUGAGUGGUGUCAAAACCAGCUGUAAGCCAGCCCCUCUCCUUGGCCCAUGAUGUAGGAAGAAUAGUAAAACCACAUUUGUAGUGCUUUUGAAAGUACUAAUUCGUAGCUAUUGUAGUUUGACAAAAAUUGGAGCAGCUGUGAAGUAGCUUUAACUUGAAGGACCUGUUCUUCUUGGCUGUCUCAAGAAUAAGAGUCUUGUCUUGCCUCCGCUCCUGUUUCAUGAAGCUCUGUGCCAUGGGUUGAGCCCAUGUUCUGUCUCGUGACUGAGAACUUCAGUUGUGUAAUAUACUUGACCUACUAAGAACCCAGAAAGACCAAAGUCUGCUUUUGAACCUGCAUCCCCAGAUGACAACAAAAUUAACUUUCUUCUGUACUAAGUCAGAUUACUUGAAAUGUAUAUUUGGAAUCCUUUCUAUAUUUGUCAUUUGUAUUGCUGUGCUACUUACUGCUGUAUAGAUUGAUCUGACUGAAGACUGUUUAAGUAAUUUUGAUAGACGGAAGCUUUUUUUAUAAUAACUGCAUUUUUUUUAAUAAUGUUUUUCCUUCCAUACAUAGGGUAAGUGGCAGUAAACUUCUGAGGAACCUUUGUAUGUACUGAUCCAUACACAGGAGGCUGCUGAAUCUUUGAGAAUGCUGGAGAUGAUAACUUAAUCUUCUACAGUGUAUCAUGUCGUGAACUAUAACUUCAAAGCAGCAGAUGUUCGAAGUGGUAGUUGCUAUAAAGUAAUAAAUAAGUGUUGCACCUA